AUAUACAGACUGUUCCUGUAUCGUGCUCGCCCUACAAUUGUUCGCUAACUGCUUUAGUUACCCCAAUCUAACCUUUAAACUUCAGCGACUAAUUGGGGAAACAUGGCUGACGAUCUAGAUGAUUGGGAGACGGCUGAUAUUGAGUCGGAUUUGUCAAAGCCAGUGUCAGUGGCUGCUAAGCCGGCGCCGGCCUUUGAAACCAAGGGCGAGGCCAUUUUGGCGAUGAUCAAUGGACCUGUCAUGUCACAAUUUGAAGACGAGGAUAAAAACUUUACAGCGCCCGUGGCGCACAGCGUCCCAGCGCCACAGCCAAAGAAGAAGGAGGAAAAGAAGUACCGCGAGGAGCGUGUGGUGAUUGAUACCCCUCUUGACGAUCCAAUUGCGGAGAAGCUUCGGCAACAAAAGCUUGUGGAGCAGGCUGACUUUGACGCUGCUCGCGAGCUCUUUGGUGACGCGUCAACGCUAAAGCCCUUGGAAAGUUUCUUGCCAAAGACGCUGAAGGAGUUUGAGGAGUUUGCUGCCGAGAUUGUGGCGCGGCAUGUGGUCCUGCACCGGGAGUCCAAACACUACAAGGCGUUCGUGAAGGCUCUGGUCAAGGCGGCGGUGGAGCCCCUAGGGCCCGAGGAGGUGAAGGACGUGGAGACAUCGUUGGCAGGAGUACGGUCCGACAAGGCCAAGAAGAAGAAGGAAGACGAGGAAAAGAAGAAGGGCGUGAAGAAGACGCUCAACAUGGGGAAGCAGGGGCUCUCCGCGGGCCUGGACGACUACGUGUACGAGGACAACGGGGACGAGGACGAGGACUUCAUGUGAACCAAGAAUAAGGUCGGGAGCGCGUCGGUAUUGUCGAGCGGAUUUGUUACCUUUCCGGCAGUCGUGGAUGCUUACGAAUAGAGGAGCGUCGGGAGAUUGUACAGGGUUCGGAUCAUCCUACCCACGACGGUACAGCCGCUGUCCUACGGAGCAUGCGACGGCGGAUCGUUGUUUUAGCUUGUUGGGGUAUAUGGCGAAUCCGGUGCUUGCACGUCAAUGGUUAACAACACCUUCGCACCUGCGGCUUUGGGUUUUUCAGGUCCGCUUUGUCCGCUGCGUGCGGUGCAGUGACUCGGUACUUCGCGUACUUGACAGCAUCCCGGAACGCCGGCUCCGCAGUAGGUUUCGGGAAAUUUGUCUUCGGGAUUUGGAGUGGUGUGGUGUAGUUUAGGUUUUACAGCAGCUAGGCCAUGAAAUUGGAAGGAUCGUGUAGGCGCCAUGGGUCGUGGAUUUGCGCAUUCAGAAGGGCUCUCGCUCGUUACGAACGCUGAAAUUGCAGAGUGGGGAUUGCUGCGGAGGACGUUCACAUUUCGGUUCGUAACGCCAUUCUUGUUGAUUGUGGUUUUCGGCCCUAGCGGGCCUGGCUGGGUCCUGGGUCCUUUGCCGAUGGUGGGCCAUGGCAGGGACUCAGGAUACGCACCGCCUCAUAUAUUUUACACCACCUUUCAAAGGUGACUCUUACUACCUUAAACAGAUGGCAAUC